CCCGGCUGGCCGCCGCCGUCGCUGCUGUGCGUUUCCCUUCAGGGCUGCGACCGGCCCCCAGUUUUGGGACACUGGACUUUGCCUGGCUCCUAGCAGCGGGGAGCCCCGAGCAUCUGCUUGCUGGCCAGGGACCGAUUCCAAGAGGGCUGGGUGGGCUCCCUGCAGCCGCCUGCCUGGACAGGAUGUUUGCUAGAGGACUGAAGAGGAAAUACGGUGACCAGGAGGAAGGAGUAGAGGGUUUUGGCACCGUCCCUUCCUAUAGCCUGCAGCGGCAGUCACUCCUGGACAUGUCCCUGGUCAAGCUCCAGCUCUGCCAUAUGCUAGUGGAGCCCAACCUCUGCCGCUCGGUCCUCAUCGCCAACACAGUCCGGCAGAUCCAGGAGGAAAUGAGCCGGGAUGGCGUGUGGCAUGGAAUGGCACCCCAGAAUGUAGAACGGGCACCAGUUGACCGCCUGGUGUCCACAGAGAUCCUGUGUCGUACAGCAAGAGGAGCUGAGGGCGAGCACCCCACUUCUGAACUGGAAGACGGUCCCUUACAAAGCUCGGUUUCCGAGCUUCCCAUAAUCGGCUCAGUACAGGGGCAAAGGAACCCUCAGAGCAGCCUAUGGGAGAUGGACAACCCACAAGAAAACCGGGGAACCUUCCAGAAGUCACUGGACCAGAUAUUUGAGACCCUGGAGAACAAAAGCCCCAGCUCAGUGGAGGAGCUCUUCUCAGAUGUGGACAGUUCCUACUAUGACCUGGACACGGUGCUAACAGGAAUGAUGAGUGGCAGCAAGCCCAGCCUCAGUCAUGGCCUCGAGAGCUUGACUGCAGCCUCUGCUCCUCCCAGCUCCACUUGCAAGGCUGACCUGGCUGAGCUGGACCAUGUGGUAGAGAUUUUGGUGGAAACCUGAGAGGAGGCCCUCGUGGGCCAAGGACAGGGCCACACUCCCCAUGGAGCUCACUGUACUGGGACCCAGAGACAGACAAGCACUUGUUCCAAGAGGGGCUCUGACUCUUCAACCAGAAGCCCCACCUCUGUCUGACUGAAAAUAUUCUGGACAGAUUUUCCUCUGCAAGGUUGGCAGCCCUGGAGUUCCCUGAGGAGAACGGAGCAGAUGCCAUCUCCAGGAACUGAGCUCUCUGAAGCCCUGGGCUUCAUUUUCCAGUUGCUGUGAGGCUGUGAUCACUGAGGAGGGUGGUGUGCCACAGCUGUGUCUAGUCCAUUUUAAACUAGAUAGGCGGACUUUCUAAAAUUAAGUUUUAAAUGUUUUUGGGCAAUAUUUUGUCUUAAGAUAUAUUUUUUAAACGUUUUAUACUUUAGAUUUUUUUCAGCUAUUUUCUUAAAAGUAUAUUUUUUCUACAAACAUCUUCUGCUGCUACAUUAGAAACAUUUAUAACCUAAAUAAUUACAACUGGUGUGUAUCAUUUUUAAGAUUUAAAUAGAAAACUUGGG